UGGAACGAAGCGGUGGCUGGACGGCUCUUGGACCCCCUCGCUGCUCGGUUUCCCUGUCGGGCUUCCUAGCGGCGGCAUAGCGGAAAAAUAAGAAAACAUGUCUGAAUAUAUUCGGGUAACCGAAGAUGAGAAUGACGAGCCCAUUGAAAUACCAUCAGAAGAUGAUGGAACUGUGCUGCUGUCCACUGUUACAGCCCAGUUUCCAGGGGCAUGUGGGCUGCGCUACAGGAAUCCAGUGUCCCAGUGUAUGAGAGGUGUCCGGCUGGUAGAAGGAAUUCUGCAUGCCCCUGAUGCUGGCUGGGGAAAUCUGGUAUAUGUUGUCAACUAUCCCAAAGAUAACAAAAGAAAAAUGGAUGAGACAGAUGCUUCAUCGGCAGUGAAGGUGAAAAGAGCAGUCCAGAAAACAUCUGAUUUAAUAGUGUUGGGUCUCCCAUGGAAAACAACUGAACAAGAUCUAAAAGAGUAUUUUAGUACAUUUGGAGAAGUUCUUAUGGUGCAGGUCAAGAAAGAUAUUAAAACAGGUCAUUCAAAAGGGUUUGGCUUUGUUCGUUUUACGGAAUAUGAAACCCAGGUGAAAGUAAUGUCACAGCGACAUAUGAUAGAUGGACGAUGGUGUGACUGUAAGCUUCCUAAUUCUAAGCAAAGCCCAGACGAGCCUUUAAGAAGCAGAAAGGUAUUUGUUGGGCGUUGUACAGAGGACAUGACUGCUGAUGAGCUGCAGCAGUUCUUUUGUCAGUACGGAGAAGUGGUAGAUGUCUUCAUUCCCAAACCAUUCAGGGCUUUUGCCUUUGUUACAUUUGCUGAUGAUCAGGUUGCCCAGUCUCUUUGUGGAGAGGAUUUGAUCAUUAAAGGAAUCAGCGUACAUAUAUCCAAUGCCGAACCUAAGCACAAUAGCAAUAGACAGUUAGAAAGAAGUGGAAGAUUUGGUGGUAAUCCAGGAAUACUUCUGUCUACAUGCUUUCUCAUUCAAGAAUUCGUCAUUACACUGCACAGGCUGCGUCUUUGACGGUGGGUGUCCCAUUUUUAUCCGCUACUCUUUAUUUCAUGGAGUCGUAUCAACGCUAUGAACGCAAGGCUGUGAUAUGGAACCAGAAGGCUGUUUGAACUUUUGAAACCUUGUGUGGGAUUGAUGGUGGUGCCGAGGCAUGAAAGGAUAGUAUGAGCGAGAAAAGGAGAGAGCGCGUGCAGAGACUUGGUGGUGCAUAAUGGAUAUUUUUUAACUUGGCGAGAUGUGUCUCUCAAUCCUGUGGCUUUGGUGAGAGUGUGCAGAGAGCAAUGCUAGCAAAUAACGUACGAAUGUUUUUUGCAUUCAAAGGACAUCCACAUCUGUUGGAAGACUUUAAGUGAGUUUUGUUCUUAGGUAACCCACAUUAGUUGAAUGUGUUAAG